AUGUCUCGAUUUGCUAGUAUUUCUGAAGAUGAUUUAGACACUCUUGAUGGACAGAAAGACUCAAAAAACACAAAACGUGUAAUAAAAAGAAAGCAAAGUGACAGAUCUGAAAAAAAGGGUAAAGGAUCUAUUGAACACAAAGAAGAAAUUUCCUCUGAGGAUCUUCAAAAACUUUUCAGUAGUGAAAAUAUAGCAUUUGACAUUGACACACCAUGCGGGUUACAGAAAAAGGUCUUGUUUGAAAUUAUGUACUUUCUUUGCCGGAGAGGGCAGGAAAAUCUGAAAGGAAUGAAAAAAGACACCUUUGCCGUCGCUGUCAAUGCUGCCGGUAGGAGAUAUGUCUAUCAGAUGGUGGAUGAAGCUGAUAAAAAUCAUGGUGCCGAGUCGAGCUGUGAUGAAACCAUUGGCGAAGGGAAAAUGUACGAGCUUCCUGGUGAUGUCAAUUGUCCGGUGGCUUCGUUUGAAAAGUAUCUCAGCACACUGAAUCCAGGAAUUGACUGCCUAUGGCAGCGACCGCUUGAUAGCUUCGAACUUGAUGGACCAAUUUGGUACUGUAUGGCUCCCUUAGGAAAGGGAAAACUAGCUGGAAUGAUGGGCGAUAUUUCGAACUUGGCACAUUUGUCUAAACGGUACACAAACCAUUGUAUUCGAGCCACAUCAAUAUCCGAACUUGAUAGAAAUGGAAUCGAGGCUCGACACCUGGUACGAGUGUCUGGACACAAAUCUGAAAUGUCUAUUCGUAGCUACUCGAGACGUUUGUGUGACGAAAAACAGCAGCAAAUUUCUGAUACACUGGCUAAAUCCCUGCAGAAAAAGCCAAAUGUGACAAAUAUAAAUCAACAGGCUCCAAUAAAUCAACAUCCCCCAAAUGAAACAGCUACUUCUGGGGUUGACAUUAGCGAUCUUGACUUUCUUGAGGAGAUUUUUCGUGAUGAUAAUGUAUUCAUUGAAUUAGAUACCACUGGGAAGGAGAAUCAUCCCCCAAAUAUGCAGCCACAUGUUAGUGACAAACCCGUUGUCACACAGGCGAGUACAAACAUUGCAUUGCAACCAGUGAUAACUACUCAGGCAUCAUCAGUUGCUAAUAGUGUAUUUCAGCAAGUCCAUGAUAAUGUAGGAACUAUGAACAAUCACAUGCCUGCCCCCCAAAUUAUAAACACAAUUUGAACAAGCAAGGCCACCUUUCAUGUACAACAUCAAUCCAAAUAUAAGUAACUGUGGUCAAGUACAUUUCCAUUUUCAUGGAAAAUGAACAGUCAAGUACAGUAAAAAACAGUUUUUGAAGGAAUUUUAGCAUAGUUAACAGUGGAAUUUUGUUCUAGAUAUAUGUGAUAUUUUGUUUACCUUGUUAAAAUUUGUGGUUAAGUACAUUUCCAUUUUCAUGGAAAAUGAACAGUCAAGUACAAUAAAAAACAGUUUUCGAAGGAAUUUAAUUAGCAUUGUUAACAGUGGAAUUUUGUUCUUCCUGAUAUAUGUGAUAUUUUGUUUACCUUGUUAAACUUAUUGAAUUAAAUUAAUUAAAAACAUUUUAAAACAUUUUUGUGUACUUAAUUUUGU